GAUAUCCAUUUAUCAAUUUCCGGUGUAAGCCGCAAAGAUGGCGGACAAAAUUACAGACGAGGAACUUGCAGAAGAAUUAAAAGCCUAUGGUGAAGUAGUGAAAGUGCCGAUCGACAAAAAGAAGCGGUCAAUAUUGAUAAAAAAGCUUAAUCAUUUCAGGGCGCGCGAAAGAAUUGUCAAUCAGGGAAAGAAAACGACUCCCUCUCGCUCCAGACAUACAAAAAAUGUCGAGUUCAGCUCUGCAGAGGAAAGCGAGGAGGAGCCAGUGGGUCCGGUCAAACGCAUACUCGGGAAACAGGGAACUCAGAAAAAUCCUGUGUUGUCAUACUCUAAAACAGACACGAUAGAGAUAUCUCCUCCCCGUACCCGUGCUGGGUCGCGAAGAAGCGCGAGACGAAGUGGGGUGGGGACUAACAGCAAUGACACAGCGGCCCCGUCUCCAAGUGUUCCCUCAAAGUCCCUGUAUCCCGAUCUGUCAAGAGAUGUGGGCGGGGCUACCCGUAACUCUUCAAUGAAUUACUCAUACGAUAACCAGAAUGAAUUUACUGACAGUGAUCCUGAGGAAAGUAUAUAUGUAGAAAAUAAAUCGGUGAACACGACUUUUACAUUACGUGACAGCUUCGUCGAGGAUCACGAGUCUCCCGUUAAUCGCUCUGUAAAGCAACGCAGGCCGAUCACUAGGGGCAAAUCGAGUAAAAAAGAAAAUAACGCAUCAUGGCCAGUGUAUUCGAAUCAGAAAAUGAACAGCAUCACAGACAACAAGGAGGAGGAAGAUGAACAGGACAGUCAGCAGUUUGAUCACUCUUAUGAGCCGCGAGCUUCAUUCAUAUCCACCAGCAUUCUAUGUGUAGUCAUUUGUUUCUUUUUGGUUGUGGGAACCACAUAUGUUUACCUUCGUCAGGACACAGUGGAAGUUGUGAAGUAUCCUGGAGGAAGACCGGAGGAGUUUGAAAAGGCCAUAGAAAUGGUGCGAACCGUGGAGGAAAACCUACGGAAUAAAUUUUCAGGGAAUGGUCAGAAGGUCAAGUUGGAAGAACUGGACACAAGAUUAGAUGGAGAAGAUCCGGUGAAUCAGAAAGGGGACAAGUUGAAAGCCAAACAGUUGAUUCUACUCAAUCCAUCGUGGAACAUCAGGGCCUUUAAUAAAGAUGAGCGGCAAUUGAAGAGUGGUGACAACGCAUCGGACAUCGUUUAUCUUCAGACGGACCCUAACCUUGACCUUGUGACACGGAUUAGGAGAUCCGUGGAGAAAAUUCUCUAUGGUCUAGUCCUUCUCCUUCUUUGUGUGACGGUGAUGAUUGUCGGGUUCAUUGGCUGGCGAUAUCAUCGAGGUCGCGUAGAAAUAGAACAGAAACUCGUGUUUGAACUGGUGGAGAAAAUCAUAGAUUUAGUAAAAGAUAAUUAUGAACUCCAUCAGGACAACAGCCGACACCCAGAGUUUAUUGCAGUGUCCCACGUCCGUGAUCAGCUCCUGGCCCCCAAACAGAGACAGAAGCUGAUGCCACGCUGGGAAAAAGCCGUGAAGUUUAUUGAGGCCAACGAGUCGCGAAUCCGAAUCGAGAACCAAUCUGUGCAGGGGGAGGAGUUUCUAGUGUGGCGCUGGCUGCCUGCCUGCUCUAAUGGAGGGAAAUAUUGGCAGGGACAAGCAUUUGGGGAAAACAACACAAAUGCGGGCAGCGGAGGAGCUCUGUCUUACAGCCCCACCCCCUGUCUAAAGAUCCGCAACAUGUUUGAUGCGGAAAUGGAAACGGACGAAGACUGGGAAGUCAAUGUACAGGAUGCCAUCUUGGAAAAGUGCAAAGGAAUUAUGGGAGUUUUGCAUAUCUAUGUGGACACCAGCUCCAAAGAGGGGUGUGUGUACAUGAAGUGUAACAGCUGUGAGACAGCAUACAAAGUCUACAAGUCCUUACAUGGCUGGUGGUUUGAUGGUCGCCUGGUGACGGUGAAAUAUCUUCGACUGGAGCUCUACCACAACAAGUUCCCAGAUUCCAAGCGUGCCCUGAAAUCCUUGCAGCCAUCUAACAGCAAAAUGGCCUCCCUGGCCCAGCCCUAUCAUCGGUCUACGCUAGAAAUGACCUAAAUGUGUUGUCGUAUGCAAAUCGGUGCGUCAUUGUCUGAGUGCCUUGUAGACAUGUAUAAAAUUGUUCUUCCGAUGGGACUGUAUGUAAGAGUGUGAUGUUCAUGUCGUUCAUGACUUCCGUCAUCACUUUCAGUACUUUGAUUUUAUUAUUCAUAAAACAUUGGAGGGCAGAGAUGGCUAUGUGUGGACCAGGUGGAUGAGAGUUAAUGUGAGCAGAGCUUUGGUCAUUUUUUUUUUUAAAAAAAAAAAACCUCUUUAUUUUAUUUAAAAGAUUAUUUUGCUGUUCAUUCUGUGUGACUUUCCAGUCAAUCGAUAUUCUGGUCAUGUGACUUACUAGGCAAUCGAUAUUCUGGUCAUGUGACUUACUAGGCAAUCGAUAUUCUGGUCAUGUGACUUACUAGGCAAUCGAUAUUCUGGUCAUGUUUUUCCAAUGGAUUAGUGGAUAAAUGUCAAGUUAGUACUUUUGACUACCUUAGUUUUAAGAAAAAAGUAGCAAGACUAGAUUUUAAAAAAAAAUGGAGAUGAAUAUUCAAAUUCAACAUAAAGAUGCAUGAAUGUUUAUAGCAAUCUUUGAUUGCUGUAACAUUCUGAAUAUAGAGAGACGGAGGGGAGACAAUUCUUGUGUGGAGUUUAUGAUUCUGUUUUGGUAUGUGGACAUAUAGUGGAUGUAUCCUUCAGUAGGGACCCAUCACUCCUAAUUUUAUCAAAUACUUUUACUGUACUUUCAUGUAAAUUGAUGGAAAGAAAAAGAAAGGAAGGAAAAUAGAAUCCACAACACAAACCAAAACAGAACAUCUGAGUAGUUUGUGUUUACAUGACUUUGUUUGAUUUCUGUUAUUGGAGUAUUUUCUUAGUAGUUUCUGAAAUCAACUGCCAUGAUUUGGUCCAGUAGAUGGUUUUGUUGAUUUCAGAAUAUUGAUUUUUGAAUCACACCUUAAUCAAGAUGUAAUAAAAAGAAUUAGUUCAGAUACAUUUUUUGAAAAAAAAAUUGAGCGAGAUAUUUUUGUUCUGGUAAUGCAUGUGUGUGAAAUCUUCAUUAUUGUAAUGGAAUUGUGUGACCAACAAACAACGUAAGAUUAACAGUUAUAUUGUAGUACAACAAUAUAGCACAAUGUAACAUUGCUCAAUAUCAAGUCUAGAAGACUUUAAUCUAUUGAGCCCCCCCUGUGCCAGUUUAAGAAUUUCUUUUAGAUUGUCUUGUAUGUAUAAAGACUUGAGUCAAGUUGUUUUUGUUUGUAACCAUGAUAACUGAAUGUUUUCUAAUUUUUCAGCAAUAUACAUGUAAUUUUUAUGUCGUAUUUUUCAAACUUGCAUUGUUUGUUCAUCUGAGCUGGAUACUCCAGGUUUUACAUUCACAAGGUUACCACAAGAGAAAUUGAUCGAAAUCAUUGCCUUAUAGACAAAAUUGGUGAAAGUUUUUCAAAUUAUUAUGUACGUGAUUGUCAUGAAUUUUGUGAAACCAAGUCCUUCAGCUGAGUAUGGAAUGAGAUCUUAGCUGAGUAAGGAGUGAUUCAGCCGAGUUUGGAGUGUGAUUCAGCUGAGUCUGGAGUGAGAUUCAGCUGAGUAUGAAGUGAGAUCUUAGCUGAGUCUGGAGUGAGAUUCAGCUGAGUAUGGAGUCUGAUUCAGCCGAGUAUGGGAUGAGCAACCAUAUGUCUUAAGUGGUGAACAGUUUUUAUGUAGGGGAACAUUGUGGAGAAUGGGAUUCUUGUUAAGUCGUAUUUGGCAUUGAAAAAAUAAUCCUACAGUACGGAAGUCACCAAAGUCUGAAAUAAAAUGACCUUUUUUUUUGUUUUUGGAUGAUAAAAGAAAUUAAAAUCAGAUUUAGAACACAUUGAUACAGAAUUAUACAAUUUUUACAAAUUAAGGGUCUUGUGCAGGCCUUACAAAGGAUGAUUGAUGAAUUGUGUACAUUCAAACUCGCAUAUAGUGACUAUGUCUACAUUGAAAACUGUAACCCAACUUUUAUUUGUUUUCUAGAAAUUUUCGCGAAAACCUCAUCGUCGCCAAUAUUUCUUGCUGCGAACCAGUCCUUUACUAUUUUUCUUAAUUGUUUAAAAUCAUCCCCGUCGCGAUGCAGGAGUCGGGGGAGGCGGGGUUGGGGUUGUGAUUGGACAUUGUUUGGAAUUGUGGGACACUAUUAAUUCAUAUGGGAAAUAAAUUGCAGGUUUACCACUGCUGCUAUAGAUUUUUGAAAGUGUAAUAUUUCAGGUUGAUUACAAGUCGAAGUACGUCAUCUUUUGAUUUGGAAUUGAGAAAGGGUUUGAGAUUGUAUGUUGAUCGAGUCGGUAUUUGUCAUAGUUAGUUUUCCCAUUUGUCUGUUUGAGAGGAAUUUUUAUAUAUAUACUCGAUCAUGUAUUUUAAUUUUCAUCACUUCGACUAGGUUGGAGGGAAUUCUGAGGUAAAAGUGAAAUGAAGCAGGAGAGUACCCCAAGAUGGAUCCGCAUCAAUGUUUUGGUCCAGGCGACAUUGAAUGCAGAAAAAAAGCCAUUUUCAUGAGCACAUGAACAUGCAUCGUCAUUAUGGACUUCUAAAGUCACUCAGAUCUCCCAGAAUGACAGACGUGUAAAUUGCCGAGCGGACUGUUGCUCUUUAAUUGCUAGAUGGUCUAAGGAAAAUGAUGCUUUAGUGUAAAGCUGUGGAAGAAACUUAACAGACAGUGACAUUAGGAAGUGGGUCACUUUGUCUUUACAAGUACACAACAGACAAUGUGGUACAUGUUGUCAUCAGGAACCGUCUGUGGCUAUCAACAAUAGCUUUGUAAAUUUUUAAUGGUUAUGUGUGAGUGGAUAUAUAUGUAAUAGAUCAUCAGAAUUUCAUCUUCUAUAUGUGUGUAUACAAUGUGUUAUAAAUGUUUACAUGCCAUAUUUUACGAUAAAAAGUUUAAUUAA